UCUAAAUCUAUAAUGCAUUCUAUAUUCUUUUAUUUAACAUCUAUAUAGCUUCAUUCUUGCAGAGGAUAGGUGCUGCAUCCAUUUGGUGUUUUCAACAUUUUCUGGUGAUUCUUGGAUAGAUUUUAGGAUUUCUCGGGUUUAAGAACCGAGGAUUUCAUGGAAGGGCUUGUGAGUUCUAGGACCAACCUUGUCUGCGCUUAUGGUAGAAAAUAUCAGUCUCGUUUUCUGCCAUCUUCUACACUACAGCUGAGGAAGAGUAUCUAUGAAUUUCGAUUGAAGACCACGAAAUGGUUCUCGUCAUUUAACGUAACUUUUGCUUCAGUUCAGCCAGUACGGGGUUCAAAAAUAUUCUUGAGCUUUGGCGAGACGCUGAUGCUGUGUGCUUUGAUGUCGAUAGUUCCGUCUGCCUGGAUGAAGGUAUUGAUGAGCUCGCUGAUUUUUGCGGGGCUGGAAAGGCUGUGGCAGAAUGGACUGCUAGAGCAAUGGGUGGUUCUGUUCCUUUUGAGGAUGCCUUGGCUGCCAGACUAUCUUUGUUCAGUCCCUCUUUGUCUCAAGUUCAGGUUGUCUUGUGCAAAGACCCCCCAGCCUGUUGCGUCAAUGCUCGGAAUUCAUCAAGAGAAUAUUUUUGCCAACCAACUACUUUUUGGUAGCUCCGAAGAGUUUAUUGGGUUUGAUAAGAACGAGUCUACUUCAAGAAGUGGAGGAGAAGCUACUGCAAUGCAACAAAUCAGGAAGGUUCAUGGCUACAAAGUAUUAUCUAUGAUUGGAGACGGUACAACUGAUAGUAAGGUUGGUAAAAACUUUCAUAUAUUUGAGUAAUAUUACUUUUAUUUUAAAUUAUAAGACAUUUUUGGAGAAAAUUCGACAUUUUAAAAUAUAAAACAUUUUGAUCAAGAUAAAAUUUUAUUAAUGAUACUUUUUUAAUAUUACUAUUCACAUAUAUUCUUUCUCUUUAAUAUUAUUUUACAAGUGGAAUAUUAAAUGAAAGGCAUUUUUCAAAGUUUACAAUUUUAUCUUGUAAGGUUAUAAAGUGUAUUUAAUAAGUUUUAUUAGUAUGUGUAAUUUUAUUUAAAAAUAUUUUAUAAUUUAGGAUGAAAAGAAUAAUAUUUAUGAAAUAUUAAGGUCCCGACUGUGGGUUUAUUAUAGCACUUCAAGUUGAGGGCCUUCAUUGAAGUUCCUGUCACUAAUAUCGUUUUCGUGUAUUUGGAUGUGAGAGAUCCACUUGAGUGAUGGGACUCGCAUAUUUUUUGUUCAUCUCUUUUCAAAACUGACAACAAAUUGAGAGAAGGUGAUAAAGAGGAUCCAAACCAGUUAUUCAUGUGUGUGUAACUGUUAUUCUUUCAUAUAUUUUGGCUUCUUAUAGAAUUAAAAUAGUUUAUAUUCUUUUUUCUUUUUUCCCCUUCAAAAAAUUAAAAGGGGGGGCUUAUGUAAGACACUUCUCUCUAUAUUAAGAGGACUGGUAUUAGACGAUUAGGUGUGAGAAAAUGAUCAGAGAAGUUGACAUUGGAGUGAUUGCCAUUAAUUUUUCUUCUUCCUGAAGAAUCAAAUUGUUUUUUUCUUUUUGAAUUUGAUUGGAUGAUCUUGCUUUCUAA